UGUACAAAGUCGUUGACGAAUGAUAAAAACGUUCGCUAUUUUUUUUUUUGUUGACGCGCGGGAGAAAAUUAUCUUGGGUUAUAUCGUUAGCGAGUUAUGUGAUUUCACCAUGCAAGGCGUGAAUAAGUCAUGUAUUUAUGGUUUUACGCAUUACGCACAGCGAUAGUCAGUCGCGAUUUAUCAAGUAAGCACAAAGAUAUUUCGUGAAACAUAAAGUUGCAUAAAUAUAUUAUUUAUCGAUAAGACCCAAGUGCUUCAUCUAAGUUAUUCAUCUAAAAGUCAGUUAAAAUUUGUAAUGCCGUACGAACGCCAAUACAAUAGCUUAACAUUGAUUGCAAUAUUGCAAAAGCAGAAAAAGUACAGCUCGCGGAAAGAUCCACCCAGUGACAGCAAAGAAAGUAGACGAAAUUCUAAUGAUUUGGACUGUUUUCUGUUUUUCUCUUAUGAUUAUGAUAUCAGAAUUUCAACACAGCUCAAACUAGUCCAAUAUCACGGUUUCACCUCCGCAGAGCGGCUGAGCUGAGGAUGACGGGCAGCCAGAGUAGCGAGCUCGGCUGUGCCACUGGUCUUGUUCAGCACCAUCAUCAGCAGCAAGGUCCGGGACCACCGAUCGACGCCAAAAGCAGCGACACGCUGAGCGAUGGCGUGGCUGUUCAGGGCGACGGCAAAAAGCAUACUGUACAUUGGUUUCGCAAAGGUUUGAGACUUCAUGACAAUCCGUCGCUUCGCGAUGGACUUGCCGGCGCGUCCACCUUCAGAUGUGUCUUUGUGCUCGAUCCUUGGUUCGCCGGGAGCACUAAUGUCAGCAUCAAUAAGUGGAGAUUUCUCCUGCAGUGCUUGGAGGACUUGGAUCGCUCGCUGCGCAAGCUCAACUCGCGACUGUUUGUGAUUCGCGGGCAGCCGGCGGACGCACUUCCAAAAUUAUUCAAAGAAUGGCGCACGACGUCUUUGACUUUCGAGGAGGAUCCCGAGCCUUACGGCAGGGUCCGCGACGAAAACAUCACGACUUUGUGCAAGGAGCUCGGCAUCAGCGUCGUCCAGAGGGUCUCGCACACGCUCUACAAACUCGACGAGAUAAUUGAAAAAAACAAUGGAAAACCACCACUGACAUAUCAUCAAUUCCAAAGCGUAAUCGCCUGUAUGGAUCCACCAAAACAUCCAGUACCUACAGUCACAGCUAAUUGUAUUGGUAGCGCAUACACACCCAUGAGAGACGAUCACGAUGAUUACUACGGUGUGCCGACCCUCGAGGAGCUCGGUAAGUGGGCUUGCUUCGACACCGAAGCGCUCAUGGCGCCCAUGUGGGUCGGUGGUGAGAGCGAAGCAUUAGCCCGUCUUGAACGCCACCUCGAGCGUAAAGCCUGGGUCGCGAGUUUUGGCAGGCCGAAAAUGACCCCGCAAUCACUUCUACCGAGCCAGACUGGAUUAUCGCCUUACCUGAGGUUCGGUUGCCUCAGUACACGACUGUUCUACUACCAGCUCACCGAUCUCUACAAAAAGAUAAAGAAAACGGUGCCGCCGUUGUCGCUUCACGGCCAGCUGCUGUGGCGCGAAUUUUUUUAUUGCGCCGCCACCAAGAAUCCCAACUUCGAUCGGAUGCACGGCAAUCCCAUAUGCGUGCAAAUACCCUGGGACAAGAACGUCGAGGCGCUUGCCAAAUGGGCCAAUGGUCAGACGGGUUUUCCCUGGAUCGACGCGAUAAUGACGCAGCUGCGCGAGGAAGGCUGGAUUCAUCAUUUAGCGAGGCACGCAGUCGCCUGCUUCCUGACCAGGGGUGACCUCUGGAUCUCGUGGGAGGAAGGCAUGAAGGUGUUCGACGAGCUGCUGCUGGACGCCGACUGGUCGAUAAACGCGGGCAUGUGGAUGUGGCUUUCGUGCAGCUCGUUCUUCCAGCAAUUCUUCCACUGCUAUUGCCCCGUACGAUUCGGCAGAAAGGCUGACCCAAAUGGCGAUUAUAUUCGACGCUACUUACCAGUGCUAAAGAACUUCCCGACGCGUUACAUCCACGAGCCGUGGAACGCGCCUCUGUCGGUGCAGCGUGCUGCUAAGUGUAUCGUCGGCCAGGAAUACUCGUUGCCGAUGGUUAACCACAGCAAAAGCUCUCGCAUCAACGUUGAGCGCAUGAAGCAGGUCUACCAGCAGCUCAGCAAGUAUCGAGCCAAUGGACUGUCAAUGAAAGGAGACACUAUAGGUCUGCUAAGUAUCUCGCCCUCGUCGAUACCCCCAUUCACCUACGAACAGGAUAAUGAAAAUAAAAAGCAGCAACAGCAACAACAGUACCAGCAUCGUCAUCAGAAUCAGCAACAGAUGCAACGUUAACAUUAUGAGCAGCAGCGAACGUUGAAUUGGAAGCAGCAAAGCGAACAGAAUGGCGACUGCUUAACGUUGCAUCGGCAACAGGUUCAUCAGUGUCCCCGUCACCAGUAGUCGAGAAUCGAGGGGGAAAUGUCUUAUUUGCGUUUUUAUCGCUUAUGCGCGAAGAAUAGAACGAAUGUGAAACGUAAGCGAAAGAAUUUUUUUCGCCGUCCGCGUCGAAGCCUGUGCUUCUUGAAAUUUACCAUGCGUGUGCUGCAUCAAAUACUCCUAGUGUUUAUUCGGGCUAAUAAAUACUCGUUUAGAGCUCAGAUUAGUGCCGAGAUGUUUUUGUCGUCUGCUUGACUUCUUGUUCCUUUUUGAUAAGUUCAACAUUCAAUAUCUCAUAGAUAAAUAUGCAUUCAUUUACGAAUGCACAUGAGUUAGUAAAAUCUACCAAGUAACCGUAAUUUUAUGUUACAAGAAAUCACAAUCAGUGCAAUGCUGAUCGAAAAUUUUCUGAACUAACUAACGUUAAAUACGGAUGUAAACGAUUCACAUUUUAUCUAUAAACUUAUAUUUUUUAUUAUCAACAUAGUAUCUUUUGUAAGGUUACAUUUCAUUACAUAUAAUCAUUAGCGUUUAACUUGAUUAAUCAACUGAAUAGUACGUGAAUGAAUUUUCAUCAUUAAUUUAUUUGUUUUUGUUCGUUGUGCUGAUUUAUUAUUUUUUGUAUGUCGAUUGGAAAAAAAACAUAUUUUUCUAAGUAUUAGCGUCCUUGAUAAAAGUGCGUGCAGACUGUGCGAAGUUUUUUGUGUGUGAAGAUAUUGCGGAACUUCAAAAUAGAUAAGCAAAGUGUAAAAACAAUGUGUACUGUACAAACAAACAAAAAUACUUGAACAGUAUUGAAAAUAUUUUGUUAUAGUACAAUAUAAAGAAUUAUUCUACGUAGAAUAAAGGUUGAGAUAAAAUAAAUGUAAUUUAAAAUUUAUAAUCGAUACGUUAAAUACUUUUAUAUUUAUAAUUUUCGAAUAUAAAGGCAACGUUACUGGCGAUAAUCAUUCUUUUUUGUACUUAUUCUAUAAUUGUAGUCUUUAAGAAUGUAAUCCAUACUUUUUAUUACUUUAUCCAUCACAAAUAUAGCUUUAUUCACUUUAUAUGAAAAUUAUAACUUAGAAAUUAGGAGAUAUCAUCGGCAGCUAUAAUUUUGCAAAAUGGAUAAUAUGAAAGAGUGUUUCAGAAAUCGUGAACGAUGCUCAUUUGAUUUCUGAUUUUUUCAGUUACUGUGGCAAAUAUAAUUUUCGAUAAUUUAUACGUAGAAUGCAUUUAUAUUUUAUAUUUCAUAGCUUAUUAUUAUACUUUAUAUUACAUUUACUCAUAUGUAAUCAUGAAUGUAACAAUUUUUUUAUAGUGCUACUUUUAUUUCGUUUUAUAAACAUUUACUGGUUUCAGUAUAUCAAGCAUUUUCCAUCGCGAAGUACGAUUCACUGAUGCGACAUUCUAAACAAAAUUAUGUUCCGAUUUGUUCUUUAAUAAUACAGUAGAUAAUCAUUUGACGCUUCUGGUUGAGCGAUAUAAAACAAUUUGAUAGCGGCGUUUGUACAAAGGCAAAAGUACCAAAACAUAAUAAGAUACGCUAAUGUUGAAAUGUUAUUAUAUCAGCAGCAGCAUUGCGAUAUAGAAAUUUUCGUCGGAUAUCGAGUGGUCUACAUUUUAAAUAUAUAUUCUUUAAAUCUGAUCACAAUAUUGCGAAUUUAGAAUUUUGAUGUUUAUGACAUAUUCGAUUGUGAGCAAAUAAUCUUUUAUAUUUUUUUGAAAGAAAUAGAAAAAAAUGUUUGUAAAUUAACUAGAGAUGAAUUAUUAAAAAAAAUAUAAGCAAUUGUUAUCCAAUUAUACCGACAAAGAGUUUUACGGAAAGUUAUAAAGACUGAAACGAAUUUCAGUAGCCUAACAAACUCAAAGUCCUAAAAAUUUCUAGUGACUUCAUAAUAACGUUUAAUUCAUCUUUAUGAAAGGAUAAGUGUUCCAUCUGCAGAUAUUGAAAUUCGAACUAACUUGUAGGAGAAUUAAACGUAAAAAUUAUCAUUUUUCAUCGCGACAAAAAAUAUUAUUCAUUCUCGCUCGAUGAUAUAUUUUCACGAACUAUUUACCGUAUCGUUGAGUUGGUAUAUUCCGAAUAAUUAUAUCCACGGGUCAAUCGAAAGUAAAUUUAUCAUUGUGUUCGACGAUGUUAUUAAUAAUUUUCGUUAAGGAAAUGUACAAAAUAAAACGAUUGUACGCUCUGUCGAGCGAUGAGUGAUCUGUAUAAAAAAAUCAUACUUUUCGAAAAAAAUAUGGUCUUCCCUCAUUAAUCCUAAGCACUAUAUUAUCUUACCAUUGGAUUCAACGCUCAUAG